AUGGGAAAGGAACGGUCGGUGGCAACUGCUGCAGAGGGCUCGAAUGUCGAUGGGGCCGAAGAUGAAGGCGAUCUGGAUGAGUCGACAACCAGCAAGCAAGCGAGUGAUCAUGAUGGUUGCUCAACGGCGCGUGCUUUUGAGAAACCAAAAGAACAAAAUGCCAGCGAAGAGGUUGUCGAUGUACCAAGCAAUGCCGAACUGGCGCAGCGUGAGAAUCAAGAUACACCCACACGUGUCAUUCACUUUCAGGACACCGUCCAUGUGGAUAUGUCCAAGUUAUAA